CCGGAUGUGAGAGCCGAGAGUGUUUCGCUUCGCUCGCCCUGCACUGGAACUCACAAUGGAGACGGUAACACAGUUUCUUCGCUUAGCAUUGCUUUCCUAUUUCGUCGCUCUUUUUGUUAUUUCUUGUGAGGUAACUGCUGCGGGGGUGAGUGGAAAAGGGUUUGGAGAUCACAUCCACUGGAGGACCCUGGAUGAUGGGAAGAAGGAGGCAGAGGCCAGUGGCCUGCCACUGAUGGUAAUCAUCCACAAGACCUGGUGUGGAGCAUGCAAAGCUUUGAAGCCAAAGUUUGCUGAAUCGAAGGAAAUCUCAGAGCUGGCUCAUAACUUUGUUAUGGUCAAUCUGGAGGACGAGGAGGAGCCUAAGGAUGAUGCGUUCAGUCCAGAUGGAGGGUACAUUCCUAGAAUCCUUUUCCUGGAUCCCAGUGGAGCAGUCCACCCUGAGUUGAGCAAUAAGGCUGGAAACCCCAACUACAAGUAUUUCUUCAGCAAUGCAGACCAAGUGGUGACGGUGAUGAAGGAGGCCCAGGAGAAGCUGACCGGCGACGCCUUCCGGAAGGCGCACGCGGGUGACGAGCUGUGAGACCGGCGGGAGCCUGAACGUGGGCCGGGGUCCGGGGGCCCAAGGGUGACGGGGACCCGAGAGGAGGUCGACCCCCACGUCACCGGUCACCCUCACGCCCCGCGACACCGCCCCCCAAACUCCCACACAGCCUGCGUCCAACCCCUCCGGUUUCCAGACCAGUCAUUGUCUGCUUUGGUGCCGUAUACUGCCUUAAAAGCAGGACAAAUUAUUCAACUUUUAAGUCAGGAAAAAAAAAAACGUCAUUAAGUCAGCCGUCCAGGUCAUUGUGCAACGAAUCGUCCUUGUUUGAAACUGCAUGAGCCCAGAGAGUAUCCACGGCACCGGAGCGCUCCCUCGACACACAGUCCGCAUGAGGCGCAGUGCCGUUUUCACACUGGAAAUCAGGCGUUCCUUCAGUUCAGUGUCAUAUGUUGUUGUUGUUUUUUUUGUUUUUUUUAUUGGUCUUGUUCAUGGCUCCCUCCCUCAGUUUAAAAUUCACACUUUAUCCAUCCUAAGAUUUUGAAACCGCAUCUAAGAAGUUCUAGUUAAAAACACCCUUACCCACCACCACCACCAUGCUUUACAAGAGCGCUGCAAGAGAAAGAGCACUGCACUAUGUUCUGACAACAAGGGCGUAACGUUACAUUCACUAAACCUUUGUGCUUCCAUGCUCUUCUCGAUACGUUUCCGUAGCCAUGCUAACGGGCCCCGGUUACUCAUACGCUCACCGCGACCGCGCGGGAUGCUGACGUGGCCGCAGGUCAAUCAGCCAACUCUGAGCUGUUUAUACCGAAUUACCACAUUGUAAUAUUUGAUAAUUGACUCUUGAAUCCUAUCUUGUCACUUCCUGGGAAGUUUGCCACUGAGAUAUAGAAUCUCAAAAAAAAUGUAUGAAGAUAAAAUCCUUUCUUUUGUUUUGUAAAAAAAAAAAAAAGUGAAAUAUGAGCCAGUACAGUAUGUGAUUUAUACCUGCAUAUUGCAUAAAUAAAUACAUUUUUGAAUGUGAGGAAUAGCCUUUGCAAUGAAAUGGUAUCAUUGCCAUGCCAUGUUGUAUUUUAUAUGUAUAUUUACAUGGCCCAAGUGUUCAAUAAAGUUUUCAACACAA